GCUCGACCAUGUAGAGGUUCUUUUGUCGACAACUUCCUAUGGAAGUCUUGCCUUAUCUCGGUUAAUCCGGUAUUUUUGUAUGCGUGUCUGUGUUAAUCUACCUACAAAUACGUGUGUAUGGUUAAUACAUAGGUUAUAUAUGUGUGUGUGUGUGAUACAUAAGCUCUAAAUAUGUGUGUAGAUAUUUGUGCUGUGUGUGUGUGCGUAAGCAAUCUUAGUUAAGUUGCAAGUUGUGACGUACAUAAUUUGGAGAAGACGAAGAAAGAAAUGAAGAAUUUGGAAAGAUAGGAUUGGUGUAUAUCGCACGGAAUAUUAUUAGAUGAGUUGUAUGGUGUGUACGGAUUGUGCUGAAAAACAGUGUCGUAUAAGUUUUGAAAUUCUAGGAAACCGAAGAAGCACAAAAGAAAAAAAAUAGAAAAGAAGCAAAACAAUAUCUAACGCGGCUGAGAAACUGUGACUAUGUUCACCGAAGCCAGAAGUAGUGGUGGCGCCAUCGGGCACUUGUAAGAGACGUUGAAAUUAUAAUUCAUUGCUAAGAAAUAGUAAUAAUAAAAAAUGUUGGGGUUUAAAAGUCUAGAUUUAGGUCCAACAUUCUGGACGGUUGUUUUUAUAUGGAAUCUGUGGUGUUAGUGCCACUAGUAUUGGCGAUUAGUCGGUGCUUGGCAUUGACUAUCACGUGUGUUGGAACUUCCCUGGUUUCGGGGAAAUCAAUUUCUCUCGGGGGCCACCGACCCAACUUUUUUGCCUUCAAUGUCGUCUACAGAAAAAAAAACUGUUCUUCUUAAUGGUUUUCUUGCCGGGUUGAAGAAUUCCUUGAAGAACUGAAAAGAAUUUAUACUGGAAUUAUAUUUUACUUGAAGCAAACCCCCGUGCCAGCAUGGAAGCUGGAUGUUAGACGAUGAUGAAACCGAGAAGAAUUUUAAUCCGAAUUGUGACUUUGCGAUAAAAUACAAGUUUAUAUUUUUUCUCCUUCAAAUUAAUCCUGAUCUUGUUUUUGUCUCAUACAUGAAGAUUAUGCCUGCAAAUUAUUUCUCAACAAUCAAUUUCUAUAAGGUCUAUAUUCUACCAGAACAACUGUUGUGUUGAAUGAGACUUUUCUACUGAAAAUAUUAUUGUAGUCUCUUUUUACCAAGACAGUUAUGAAAAUGUUAUUUACCAUUCUUAGAAUCUGCACAAAGUGGCCUUUUACAGAAAAUGUUUUAAAAUUUGAAAAAUUUUGGAAAAGCAGUUUCACUUAAAAAUUUGAUAUUAAGUAGGGAUUAUCAUCUUAAACCAGAAAGCAAAAUCUAAAUUUAUUUUUCUAUUUUCUGAUGUUAAAACACAAUUGUCAAUGGAGAAAACACACCAUUGUGAAGUUUGUGGAAAAAGAUUUCCCAAAAGAUUUCAGUUGUCUCGUCAUAUACGGACCCAUACUGGGGAGAAACCUUACAAAUGUGACUUCUGUGAUAAAUCAUUUGCUCACAAUAGUACGUUAUCCACUCAUAAACGAACUCACACAGGUGAGAGACCGUUUACCUGUGAUGUUUGUGGAAGGAAAUUCAUUGACAAUUGGAAUUUGGUAAGCCAUAAACGAACCCACACUGGGGAAAAGCCUUAUCGAUGUGAAGUCUGUGGCAAAAUGUUCUCCCAAAAUGGCAUUUUAGCUAGUCACAAGCGGACCCAUACUGGAGAUAAGCCAUAUCACUGUGAUUUUUGCAAUCGAAAAUUUUCCGAACGUGGAAAUUUAGCACGACACAAACUACUUCACACUGGAGAAAAACCUUAUAAUUGUGAUAUUUGUGGUGAAAGUUUCUGUCAUUAUAAUAGCUUUUCUACUCAUAAACAGACUCAUGCAGGAAAAAAAUUAUUUCAGUGUGAAAUUUGUGGUAAAGAAUUCCCUCAUAACAGUCAACUAUCUAGUCACAAUCGCAUACACACAGGUGAAAAACCAUACUCUUGCGAAAUAUGUGGUAAGGCUUUUGGUAAAAAAAUCAACUUAUAUUAUCACAAAAGGACCCAUACUGGGGAAAAACCUUACAGCUGUGACAUUUGUGGCAAAAAAUUUACCCAAAGAUGUUAUUUACCUGUUCACAAACGAAUUCACACUGGAGAAAAACCGUAUCCAUGUGAAAUCUGUGAUAAAAAGUUCUCUCUCAAAAGUCAGUUAAAUACUCACAGACGAAUUCACACAGGUGAGAAACCGUUUCCCUGUGAAAUUUGUGGCAAGUCAUUUGCUCAAAGUGCCACUCUCACUAACCACAGACGAAUUCAUACAGGUGAGAAACUCUAUCAUUGUGAAACGUGUGGAAAAGCAUUCACUCAACGCAGUAUCCUGUUCAAUCACAAACAAAUACAUGCUAAGGAAAAACCAUUCCACUGUGAAAUUUGUGGCAAAAAAUUCACUCAAAAUGGUUACUUAACCAUUCACAAACGGUCCCACACAGGAGAAAGACCCUAUCCUUGUGAAUUCUGUGGUAAGACAUUUGCUCAGGGUUCUACCUUACGUAAUCAUAGACUUCUUCAUACAGGUGAGAAAAUGCAUGUUUGUACCAUCUGUGGCAAGAAAUUCACCCAACGCAGUUCAUUGUCCACCCACAGCCAUUUACAUGCUGAAAUAAAACCGCAUUGCUGUGAUAUCUGUGGUAAAAGCUUCUGCUUAGCUGUCUAUCUGUCUCGCCACAAAAGAAGACACAAAAAACAUAACCUUACCCCCCUCAUGAAAAUGGAGCUCACGGAGGAGCACAUUAGCCACAUCAUGUUUUACGAGUAUAAAAAAGGCAACAAUGCUAGAAAUGUGCAAGAACUGUAUGGCGAAGGUGUUUUGAAUAUUCGGAAGUGUCAACGAUGGUUCCAUAAAUUUCAACAAGGGGACUUUAACUUGGAAGAUGUCCGCCGCUCUGGUCGCCCGGUCACUUUUGAUAAUGAUGUACAGAAAGCUGCUACUGGAAGAAAUCCAUAUGCAACUCUUGAAGAGUUAGCAGAAGAGUCAAUGUUUGAAGACAUGGAGUAUAAACUGCUUCAGUGUGAGAUAUGCAAACAAGGUUUUUCUGAAAAUGAUGAGCUGUCAAUGCACAAAUGUAGGAAUACUGAUGAAGAAAGUAUUGAGGCAAAAUUUCUUCCUUGUGAUAACUUUCCUAAUGAAACAGAGAUUAUCUGUGACUUGAAAUCUUGUGAAACAACAAUAAACAACCAUUUGACAGAAGAUAAGGAAGUUGAUGCCACAGAGAAAUCAUUUUGCACUAUAACUUGUCUGCCGACUUCUCAAAGCAGGACUUUAUCUAAUGUAAAAUUAGAAGGGAAACCAUUUCACUGUGAAAUUUGUGGCAAAACAUUUUCUAGGAAGAAUAUCUUAAUUGAGCAUAAAUGGACUCAUACCAAGAAUAAACCAUACAGUUGUGAAUUUUGUGGUAAAACCUUCUCUCAUAGCAGUGGCUUAUCUCAUCAUCGACUUAUCCAUACUGGCAACAAGACCUACCGCUGUGAAAGUUGUGGUAAGAUAUUUUCACAACGUAAUUACCUGUCUAGACAUGCUCGUACACACACUGGUGAAAAACCACACCACUGUGAUAUCUGUGGUAAAAGAUUCUCUAUUAAAAGUGAUUUAUCUCGCCAUGGACGCAUACACACAGGGGAAAAACCAUAUCAGUGUGAAGUUUGUGGUAAAGCCUUUUCUGUGAGUAGCAGCCUAGUUCAACACAAACGAAUUCAUACUGGUGAAAACCCAUACCACUGUGAAAUCUGCGGUAAGACAUUUACACAAAACAGUGUUUUAGUCCAUCAUAGACGUAUCCACACCGGAGAAAAACCCUACAAAUGUGGAAUUUGUGGUAAAUCGUUCUCUCGCAAUAGUGCCUUAAUUGAACACAAAUGGGUCCACACUGAAGACAGACCUUACACUUGUGAAAUAUGCGGUAAAACUUUCUCUCGAAAUAGUUAUUUAUCUCGACACACACGAAUUCACACAGGAGAGAAACCGCACCAGUGUGAAACUUGUGGAAAAGCAUUCGCUGAAAAUAAAGAUUUAUCACGUCACAAACGAAUCCACACUGGGGAAAAGCCAUUCCAUUGUGAAAUUUGUGGUAAAAUGUUUUCUGUCAAUAGUAGCUUGGUUCAGCAUAAAAGAAUCCAUUCUGGUGAGAGUCCUUACAAUUGUGAUAUUUGUGGCAAAUCAUUUUCUCAAAACAGUAUACUAAUUCAACAUAAACGUUUACACUCAGGGGAAAACCCGUAUAUUUGUGAUAUUUGUGGGAAAAUAUUCUCUUUGAAUCGUAGUUUAAUACAUCAUAAACGGAUCCAUUCUGGUGAGAAACCAUAUCGGUGUGGGAUUUGUGAUAAGACAUUUGAAAGAGUUGGCAUCUUAAAUGAACAUAAAUGGAUUCAUGCCAAGAAAAAAUUCUAUCCCUGUGAAGUGUGUGGCAAGUCCUUUUCUGCCAAUAGUUUUCUAACACAACAUAUGCUCGUUCAUACGCAAGAGAAUACCUACUCGUGUAACAUCUGUGGCAAAACCUUUUCUUUAAAUACAGAAUUAACACUUCAUGCACAGUCACAUGUAUCGGAGAAAUCCUAUGAUUGCAAGAUUUGUGGUGAAAUAUUCUCUGAGAAAAGCAAACUAGUUGAGCAUGAUCAAAGUCAUUCUGGAGAGAAACCUUACAAAUGUGGAAUCUGUGGUAAGAUAUAUACUCAGAAUCACUCUUUAAUUCUUCACAAACAAAUUCAUUUGAGUGAAAAACGUUACAAGUGUGAAAUUUGUUGCAAAACUUUCUCACGAAAUGGUACUUUAACAGAACAUAAAUGGAUUCACUCUAACGAUAAACCAUACUCUUGUGAUAUUUGUGGCAAAACGUUUCCUCGUAAUUUUGCUUUAUCUCGACACAAACGUAUUCACUCUGGAGAGAGAAUGCACCAAUGUGACAACUGUGGGAAGAAGUUCUCUGAAAAAGUAGCUUUGUCUCGUCAUACACGAAUACACACAGGGGAGAAACCGUUCCAGUGUGAAAUUUGUGGUAAAGCCUUUUCAGUUAAUAGCAGCUUAGUUCAGCACAUGAGAGUGCAUACAGGAGAAAAUCCUUAUCAAUGUGAAAUUUGUGGCAAAGCUUUUUCCCAAAGUAGUAUCUUAGUUCAGCAUAAAAGAGUUCAUACCGGCGACAAGUUAUACGAAUGUGAAAUCUGUAGUAAAACCUUCUCUCGAAACAGUUCGUUAAUUGAACACAAAUUGAUUCAUUCAAAGGAUAGACUAUAAUCUUGUGAAAUGUGUGAUAAAACAUUUUUUAUGAAAAAAAUUUAUUGAGUCACAAAUGAAGACACAAAGAAGAGAACCCUCACUGUGAUAAGACCUCACACAUACUACAACAUUCCAAUGUUCUUGUAAAUCCUAAAUUGAAAGAUACACUUGUUCCUGCCAGAGUAUCUCUGACAGUUAGUUAAAUCAUUACCUCAUCAUUUCCCUCUAUCAUUACAUUGUCAUUACUUUGUAUCAUUGCCUAUAUCAUUACUCAAAUCAUUACCCUACAGUCUAACGAGGCUCCACUUAUUAAACAGUUUCGGAUAUCAUUAACGACUUCCUGUUAUGCAUUUGAUACCAGCCUCGUUAAUCCUGUCAACAAUAACAAUAUUCUACCAGCAACAUCUCUGAGUUAAUGAAUUGUGAAGUUGAGAUGACAGCAAAGUAUUUAAUAUUAUUUUUUUACAUGUCUUUCAUAACAAAUGCAGUCAGGUAUUGGUUAUGUAUUUCACCAGCAACCUUUGGCUUUUUGGAAUUUUUUUUUUUCAAAACAUUUCUAUUUAUUAAACCAACAUUCCAGUUAUG